GACUUCCUGGAGACCCACAACACCUUGGAGUCCCCAGUAUCCAUGGUGUGAGGCUGUGAUGUCAAUACUGAGGUCACAGAGGUGACCUGAUGGCCUGGGUUCCAGCCCAGAGGGCCUACGGGGUGGCUGUGCAGCAAGAUGAGGGCUGUUUGGAGUCUAGCCUAAGAGGAAGGACGGGGCCACAGCACAUUGCUGUGUUCCCACAGACCUGGGCCUCAUGCUGCCCACCAUGGCCAAAAGUGGAGAGGCUCUACCAGAGGGCAGCUCAGCACCAGCCCAGGAUUCCCACCUCAUCAGGGUGACAGUGAAGACACCCAAGGACAAGGAGGAUUUCUCAGUUAAAGAGACGUGCACCAUCCGACAGCUGAAAGAAGAGAUAUCGCACCGUUUUAAGGCGCACCCAAAUCAGCUCAUCCUAAUCUUUGCUGGAAAAAUCCUCAAGGACUCCGACUCACUGGUACAGUGUGGAGUGCAAGAUGGCCUCACCAUUCACCUGGUCAUCAAGAUGCAGUACCGUACCACAGGCACUGAGUCCUCAGCUACAUCAGUCUCUAGCCCAGGCCCAAGUCCUGGGUCACUCCCUCAGUCCAGCUCCAUCUACCCAGUGGAUGGGUCUCCUUCCUUCAGCUUAGGUGUCCUCACAGGCCUCAGUGGGCUGAGCCUGACCUCAGGUAGCUUCCCGGACCAGCCAGGCUCAGUCAUGUGGCAGCAUGUCUCAGUGCCUGAGCUUGUGGCUCAGCUCCUUAAUGACCCCUUCAUCCAGGGUCUGCUGUCCAACACUAGCCUGGUAUGCCAGCUAGUUCUUGACAAUCCUCAUAUGCAGCAGCUGAUCCAGCAGAACCCUGAGAUCGGGCAUAUUCUCAACAACCCUGAGAUAAUGCGGCAGACCAUGGAGUUUCUAUGUAACCCUUCCAUGAUGCAGGAGAUGAUGCGCAGUCAGGACCGUGCACUCAGUAACCUGGAGAGCACUCCUGGUGGCUACAAUGUGCUUCAUACCAUGUACACAGAAAUUAUGGAUCCCAUGCUUAACGCAGUACAGGAGCAGUUUGGUGGCAAUCCUUUUGCUACUACCACUACUGCUAAUGCCACCACCACCAGCUGCCAACCUUCAAGGACAGAGAAUUGUGAUCCUCUCCCCAACCCCUGGAUUUCUACACAUGGAAGCUCAGGUGGCAGACAAGGAAGACAGCCUGGGGACCAGAAUGCAUCUGAGAUUAAAAGUAGGGCCCCAAGCUUUCUAGGUAACAUAGGACUCUUUGAUUAUCUCCAGCAAUUACUUGAGAACUCCCAGUCCCUGGGACCCUAUAUGCAGGGUACUGUGUCCACUCCCAGUCCAAGCCAAGAACUACCACUAUCAGGGAACAGAGUUCCUCCAACUUUACCCUCAUCCAGGAAACCUGGGUCAGGCCAGCCUCUGCCCAAAGAGUCAGCAGCAAUAAAGGGAAAGUCCUCCUGUACAGCUUUCUUGAGCCAGCCCCCAGAGAGCAGUACUGGGCAAGGUGGAAACAAACACGAUUCAGGGAAGUGCUCUUCUGGUCAGAGCACCAGCCUGCCCAAUCUCGUCUCUGGGCUAGGAGAUUCUGCCAUUAGGGCCCCCUUUGUUCCUACACCAUUUUCCCGUAUGGCAGCUACUCCUGGAGUCCCGGAGUCUCCUUGGCUGCCUCUAGCAGGUUACCCAAGGUCUCUGAGGCCAGCUGGCACAAAUCAGGUCCCUCGAAUGCAGAAUGAGAUUCCCCAACAGCUGCCGCUACUGCAGCACCUUCAGGCAGCCAUGGCAAACCCCCGUGUCACACAAGCCUUGCUGCAGAUCGAGCAGGGUCUGCAGAUCCUGGCUACCGAAGCACCUCACCUCCUACUCUGGUUCAUGCCUUGCCUAGCAGGGUUGGAUGGAGCAGUGCGAAGUACAGAAUCUAGAGAAGGUGCUGCUCUCAGGUCUGAGGAUUCCUGCCCAGCCCCAGCUCCUCAGGUUUCCCCUGCACAGGGCUCUGCAGAGCUAGGCCUCCAUUCCACUCCUUUUCUUCAGGUGUUACAAGCCUUAGCUAGUACCAAUCCCCAGCAGCUACAGCUGGAGGCUCACUUCCGGGUACAGCUGGAGCAACUGCGAGCUAUGGGCUUUCUGAAUCCUGAAGCCAAUCUUCAAGCCCUCAUUGCUACAGAGGGUGAUAUAGAUGCUGCUGUGGAGAAACUGAGGAAGUCUUAGGAGCUCUAGUUAUUCGGACUGUAGCUUUCCCUUUGUGUCUUUUCCCUAAUGCCUUAUUACCCUAGUUUUGUUAUUCUUAAAUGCAGCGGCACUAUAAACCAAAUUUACUAUGAUGCUCUUUACUGUGGAGACAAUAUUCCAGAAUCAAUGAGGAAGAUGACAAGCCAGAAAUAGGGUGGGGAUGCCAUGUGUGACCCAACAGUGCCUGCUUCUGUCUUACCCCGGGACCCUUGACUGAGCUCUAUGUAUGCUUAUCUUGAGAUGUAUUUAAUUACAUCCAAUCUCCAGUGCC